UGCCAUUUAUUGCUCAGAAGAAGAACACGUAGCCAUAAUGGAGCCACGAAAUCAGUUGCUUGGACAACCGAAAGAAAUGACCCGUCCGGCAGGCCUCUGCAGUCGUUUGCUAGCACCAUUACAGUGGUAUGGCGUGGUCCUGGCAUUCCUAAUAUUCUUCGUCGUUGCUGGGACAAUCUACGGCCUUUUGAAGUUGUACGGCGCUCAAAACUACCCACAAAAGAAAGUUCCGGCGCAAAGGGAGCAUAUUCCAAGGAGCUUCUACGAUGCGGACAACAUUUCGGGGUACAGCGAUAACAUAGUUCCGAAUAUACUGCACUUGGUAAGCUACAAUACGCCCAAAUUGGAGUUGAUUGACGUGGUGACCUUCCGCUCGAUGUAUCUGAACCAUUGGCCCGAGAAGAUAUACGUUCACUGCAGUCCUUGUGGCUUUGAAGGGAACUACACUCGCUUUCUAGAAGGCAUCAACUUCACCUUCAUCCCAACAGUUUACCCCACUGAGAUUUUUGGCAAUCCCAUCAAGGUAUCUCACCACGCAACCGACGUGAUCCGCAUCAAAGGUCUGAUGAAGUACGGAGGCUACUACUUUGACCGAGACGUGUUCGUGAUUCAAUCCCUGCGACGUUUCCUGCGCUACGAGGCAACCAUCACCUUCGAGCCCGGGGACGCCUUGGGAAACAUGAUGAUGUUCUUUCACAAGGAAUCGCGCUUCCUACGGCUCUACCUGGAGACCUACCGCCAGUUCAACGACUCACUUUGGUAUUACAACGCCGGCCAGCUGCCCACCAAAGCUGUGCUCACUACGCACCCGCAUCUCAUCCACCGAAUGAAGUACGGCAUCGAAGGCGGACUGGACAUGCUAGGCGUCCUGUACGAGCCUCACGCCUACCCGUACUGGCGGAACGCUUUUACCAUCCACCUGUACACGGUUCACCGCGGGGAGUCACCAUACGAUCCACUGCACGCGGCUACGUUUAACGAAACCAACAUCCGGGACCUCGACAAUGCCUUUGGACAGAUGGCGCGCUCGGUUCUGUUCGGAACCUCCGCCUUCGUGCCCCUGGACGCCCCCGUGCGGAGCGUCGCCGAACUCGCGGCUAGAAAGGAUCGGGGCGAAGACCUUACCAGCAUGCGCCCAGGAAAUGAGCGGCCAUUUUAUUACCCUGUGAUCAACACCACCAAGUUUAAACGCCAUCACUGACGCAAGCUCACAUGGGGGUUGUGUACGGGGCGCUCUUUACUUGUGAAUUAAUUUCAAAACGUAAAAAAAGUGUUCUGGUUUACUGAACAGGCCCAGUGUGCUUAGGCCGAAGUAUUGUGAUGCAUAGAGUGUAAAAUGUUUGAUGAGUUUUUGCAGCUACAACUGCUAGUGGUUGAGUCCCUCGUGUUUUUUUUUAAUGUCUAGCAGUGUUAACCACCUUCCCUUGAUGGAAAACUACAGGAAAGGGUCAGUUUUCUUUCUCCAGUGCCCUUAUAUGUGCUGAAUCUAAACAACUUUUGCUACUUGAGCAGAAGACGUGUGACGGCGAUGCUCCUAUCGUUACUUUUGCUCUGGCCCCGCUGGAAAGUUCUGUUCAUUUGUUACCUGUAACGUGUAUAGCACAUACACAAUUCAGAUUAAUGAUGAGCAGGGAGAACUUCCAAGAAGUUAGGGUUUUUCCGCAGGUUUCUGGAAAGACAAACCAUUGUUCCUGUGAACUUCAGUAAAGGACUUCUGGGUGUACAAAUACGUUUACUCGAAUUUAUCAUCAGCAUCGCCAAUAAUUCUGUCUUGCUGCACGUUAUUUGAACCAAUGCUGUCAAAUGAGAGUUUCCCUGGGAGAGUCAAAAUCACAUUCACUUGUUCACGCACUCCUGAAAAAAAAGAAAUACAUGAAACUCUCAACCUUUACAAUUUUAGCCUACUUCUGGUCAGAUAUAUUCCAUGCCUCGUUGAACUCUAAUUUACUUUCUUGUACUAAGGAGAUCGUCGUAUUUCAUCUAUAAAUCUUUUGAUGCUGAUCGUUUUUGGUAGUCUUGGAUUU